AUGGCGGCAGCUUUGGCUGGAGAUGAUUUGGCGAGAUCGAUGAGUAGUCGGCGUAGCUGGGCAUCCGGUAGCCGGCGGAGUUGGGCAUCGACGAGUUUCCGAGAGGUUUGGACGACGGCGCCGGAGGAUGUUUUCACUCGGAGCGGACGUGAAGAUGACGAGGAGGAACUCCGGUGGGCAGCGAUCGAGCGUUUGCCGACGUAUGACCGUUUGAGGAGAGGCAUGCUUCGGCAAGUACUGGAAAAUGGGAAGGUGAUCCACGAUGAGGUGGAUGUUAGUAAGCUUGGAAUCCAGGAUAAGAAGCAGUUGAUGGAGAACAUUCUGAAAGUUGUGGAAGAUGAUAACGAGAAGUUCUUAAGAAGAUUCAGAGACAGAACUGAUAGAGUGGGAAUAGAAAUCCCGAAGAUAGAAGUUCGAUAUGAGCAUUUGUCGGUGGAAGGCGACGUAUAUGUUGGAAGCAGAGCUCUUCCUACUCUGCUCAACGUUACUUUAAACACAAUAGAGGGUAUUCUGGGAUUGAUUAAGCUUGCACCAUCCAAGAAAAGGAAAAUCCAGAUCCUUGAAAAUGUUAGUGGCAUUGUCAAGCCGUCAAGGAUGACCCUUCUUCUGGGUCCUCCAGGUGCUGGGAAAACAACCUUGUUGAUGGCACUUGCAGGAAAGCUUGAUCGUAAUCUCAGGGUAUCAGGAAGGGUCACGUACUGCGGCCAUGAACUGAACGAGUUUGUUCCUCAAAGGACAUGUGCUUAUAUUAGCCAACAUGAUCUUCACAAUGGAGAGAUGACUGUAAGGGAGACCCUUGAUUUUUCAGGCCGCUGUUUAGGUGUUGGCACACGAUACGAACUGCUUGCAGAGCUCUCCAGGCGAGAGAAAGAGGCUGGUAUUAAGCCUGAUCCCGAGAUUGAUGCAUUCAUGAAAGCCACAGCAAUGGCGGGUCAAGAAACCAGUCUGGUUACAGAUUAUGUUCUCAAGAUACUUGGGUUGGAUAUUUGUGCUGAUAUUCUGGUUGGAGAUGAGAUGAGAAGGGGUAUUUCUGGCGGCCAAAAGAAGCGUCUUACCACAGGAGAGAUGUUGGUUGGACCAGCUAAGGCUCUUUUCAUGGAUGAAAUAUCAACAGGGCUGGAUAGUUCAACAACUUUCCAGAUUUGUAAGUUCAUGAGGCAAAUGGUUCAUGUCAUGGAUGUAACCAUGGUGAUUUCUCUUCUGCAGCCAGCACCCGAGACCUUUGAUCUCUUCGACGACGUUAUCCUACUUUCAGAAGGUCAAAUUGUGUACCAAGGUCCUCGUGAGAGUGUUCUUGAUUUCUUCAAGUACAUGGGUUUCAGAUGCCCGGAAAGGAAGGGAGUUGCAGACUUUCUUCAAGAAGUAACUUCAAAGAAGGACCAAGAGCAGUACUGGUACAAGAAGAACCAAGCUUACAGAUAUAUCUCGGUUCCUGAUUUCGUCCGUGGCUUCAGUUCCUUCCGCAUUGGCCAGCAACUAUAUGCAGAUCUGCGAGUUCCUUAUGACAAGUCCAAGACACACCCUGCUGCUUUAGUGACAGAUAAGUAUGGGAUUCCAAGGAAGGAGUUGUUCAAGGCCUGCUUUUCUAGGGAAUGGCUGCUCAUGAAGCGAAACUCUUUUGUUUACAUCUUCAAGACUUUCCAGAUAACAAUCAUGUCGUUAAUCGCCAUGACUGUAUUCUUCAGGACUGAAAUGCCAGUUGGUACUGUUGAGGAUGGAGGGAAGUUUUUAGGAGCACUUUUUUUCAGUCUGAUUAAUGUGAUGUUCAAUGGAAUGGCAGAAAUGGCUAUGACUGUUUUCAGACUUCCAGUUUUCUUUAAACAGAGAGAUUUCUUGUUCUUUCCUCCUUGGGCUUUUGCUUUACCUAUAUGGGUUCUCAGGAUUCCUUUGUCACUUAUGGAAUCCGCUAUCUGGAUCAUUCUCACAUAUUACACAAUCGGUUUUGCCCCAGCAGCAAGCAGGUUCUUCCGUCAACUUCUGGCAUUCGUCGGUAUUCAUCAGAUGGCUUUGUCUCUGUUUAGAUUCAUUGCAGCUAUUGGAAGAACACAAGUUGUUGCAAACACGCUUGGUACCUUUACUUUGCUAAUGGUUUUUGUACUUGGAGGGUUCAUCGUCGCCAGAAAUGAUAUUGAGCCAUGGAUGAUCUGGGGCUACUACGCUUCUCCUAUGAUGUAUGGACAGAACGCCAUUAUCAUUAACGAGUUCCUCGAUGAAAGAUGGAGUCGGAAUAUUACUGAUACCAGAAUUACUGGAACUGUUGGCGAAGUCCUUCUCAAAUCCAGAGGCUUCUUCACAGAGGAGUACUGGUUUUGGAUUUGCAUUGGAGCACUGUUUGGGUUUUCUAUCCUCUUCAACCUUCUGUUUAUUGCAGCAUUAACUUACUUGAACCCUCUGGGUGACUCUAAAGUGGCUGCUGUGGAAGAAGAAAACAAGGGAAAGAAAAAGAGAUCCUCCAGAAAUCAAACCACAGAAGGUAUUGCUAUGGGAAUAAGAAAUUCUUCUUCAGAAAUGGUGGGUGAUGCUCAUCGUGCACAGAAAAGAGGAAUGGUUUUGCCCUUCCAGUCACUUUCUCUUGCGUUCAACCAUGUGAACUACUAUGUUGAUAUGCCUGCUGAAAUGAAGGCUCAAGGAGUUGAAGGAGAUCGUCUCCAGCUGCUGAGGGACGUUAGUGGUGCAUUUAGGCCUGGUAUACUGACAGCACUGGUGGGUGUUAGUGGUGCUGGGAAGACAACUCUCAUGGACGUAUUGGCAGGAAGGAAGACCGGAGGAUUCAUCGAAGGAAGCGUUAAUAUCUCUGGUUUCCCAAAGAAUCAAGCAACAUUUGCUCGUGUCAGUGGUUAUUGUGAACAAAACGACAUCCAUUCACCUCAUGUUACUGUCUAUGAAUCUCUCCUGUAUUCAGCCUGGCUCCGCCUCUCGUCUGACAUUGACACCAAAAUACGAAAGAUGUUUGUUGAAGAAGUUAUGGACUUGAUAGAGCUUAAUCCUUUACAAGAUUCUCUAGUUGGUCUUCCCGGGAUUGAUGGUCUUUCAACCGAGCAAAGGAAGAGGCUUACAAUUGCUGUAGAGUUGGUUGCUAACCCCUCUAUCAUCUUCAUGGAUGAGCCAACAUCUGGUCUUGAUGCCAGAGCGGCUGCCAUUGUUAUGCGUACUGUCAGAAAUACAGUUGACACAGGAAGAACUGUUGUCUGCACAAUCCAUCAGCCAAGCAUUGAUAUCUUUGAAGCUUUUGAUGAGCUUCUUUUGAUGAAAAGGGGAGGGCAAGUAAUUUAUGCCGGAAACCUUGGCCGCCAUUCUCACAAGCUCAUAGAAUACUUUGAGGCUAUUCCAGGAGUCUCUAAGAUCAAGGAUGGAUACAAUCCUGCUACAUGGAUGCUUGAUGUCACUGCCCCUUCAGUUGAGGCACAACUGAAUGUCGAUUUUGCGGAAAUUUAUGCGAAUUCUGCACUUUAUCAGAGAAAUCAAGAACUUAUCAAGGAGCUAAGUAUUCCAGCACCAGGCUCUAAGGAUCUCCAUUUCCCAACUAAAUACUCCCAGCCUUUCCCUACUCAAUUCAAGGCUUGCUUCUGGAAGCAACACUGGUCUUACUGGAGACACCCUCAAUACAAUGCCAUCCGCUUCUUCAUGACAACAGUUAUCGGUGUAUUGUUUGGCCUCAUCUUCUGGAACAAAGGAGACAAGACAUCGAAGCAGCAAGAUCUAAUGAAUCUUUUGGGAGCAAUGUAUGCUGCUGUACUUUUCCUUGGUGGCACCAACGCAUCUGCAGUCCAGUCAGUCGUUGCUAUUGAAAGAACAGUUUUCUACCGUGAAAGAGCAGCUGGAAUGUAUUCUCCUCUGCCUUAUGCAUUUGCUCAGGUGGCCAUAGAAGCAAUCUAUGUUGCAAUUCAAACUUUGAUUUAUUGUCUUCUCCUUUACUCAAUGAUUGGGUUUGAUUGGAUAGCGGCAAAAUUCUUCUGGUUCUUCUACUUCAUCUUUACAUGUUUCAUCUACUUCACACUCUAUGGCAUGAUGGUUGUGGCACUAACUCCAGGCCACCAAGUCGGCGCCAUUGUUAUGUCCUUCUUCCUUAGUUUCUGGAACUUGUUCUCCGGCUUCAUGAUUCCCCGGACGCAAAUUCCAAUAUGGUGGAGAUGGUACUACUGGGCUUCUCCAGUGGCAUGGACAAUAUAUGGGCUUGUGACAUCUCAGGUUGGUGACAAGGAGUCAAAUGUUGAGAUACCUGGACUUGGAAGGGACAUGACAGUGAAGGAAUUCCUUAAACAAAAUCUGGGAUACGAACAUAGCUUCCUUCCUGCUGUUGCUGCUGCUCAUAUUGGCUGGGUUCUACUUUUCUUCUUUGUCUUUGCCUAUGCUAUCAAGUUCCUCAACUUCCAAAGAAGAUGAUAUAUAUAUAUAUAUACAUAUAUAUAUAAACCUCAAACUUGCAAAAUUUAUAUAAAAUAUACACAUAUACACGAUGUAUAGGAACAUUAUAAAUUUAUUGUAAUUAGUCAA